CUUCUAUUCCUCCCUGUACGGUUUUGUCGAUGGUGAAUGUCUUUUGUCUGAAAUUCAAUUCCAAGAAACAUUUAUCCUAAUGUCGUUGAACGAGAUCUGGGAGGCAGCCUCCGCACACCCUUUCUCUCCCGUGGUCCCCAAAGACAAUCAGUUCUCUGUCGGCUUCAGUUUACUGCUUAUUGCAUUCUUCCUGUCUGGACUUUUCGGAUUGAAUCGAUCUUUCCUGAGUAUCGCAUCCCUCGGCGUGCCAGCCUCAUUGGCACUCGGUUUCGGAGCUGUGUACAUGAUCUUUGGAACAAUGGCGGACGGGGAACCCAUCUUCUCUGCUGUUUCCAGCAACGCUCACCAUCUAUACAUUUUGCUGCAAUGCAUCGGAUUCGCACCACAGGCCACGGUGCAGAUAACACCAGAUGGACUCCGAGUUUCAGUGGAGGAAGGCCGGGUUGUACAAGGUCUCGCAUUUCUCGACAAGGCGUUAUUCACGAGCUACACGUUCAAUCAUCUGACGGAAACAAAUAAUGGAAAUGGAGGAUCCGGAGAUAACGACGAUUCGUCUGAAUCCACGUACUAUCCACACUUCGUCAUUUCGCUCUCAGCCCUCCUAGAAACAUUGAAAAUCUUCGGUACCAACGACUCGUCCGGCACCAAUAAAGCAGCCGCACUGAAUCCCGCUGCAUCUAGCGCCUUUACAACUCCUACGCUGCUCCUGGAUCGCUCAUGCACCCUACAAUACUUCCAAUACGGCUCUCCACUCAGCAUCACCCUCACUGAGGUAGGCGUGAAGACCAUCUGCGAAUUGACAACGUACGAACCCGACGGCGGCGAACUCGACAUUCCCCUACAGCGCGACGCAAUCAUCAUGAAAAUCAUCAUGCGCUCUGCAUGGUUACACAACGCCAUUACCGAGCUCGACGCCACCGACCCAACAAUUUUGAAGGUCUCCGCCUCCGCAACAAAAGCCCCAUUUUUCUCCCUCUCAGCCUCUGGCGGCCCAUUCAGCGAAUCAGUCGUGGAAUUCUCCAUCGACCAACAGCAAAAAAACCAAACCGGUGCGCAACAACAAUCGCAAGCAUACCACAAAGUCCUAGCCGAUGAUGGCACAUCUCGGUCACGCGCAAGAAGAGCCAAACUCGCCCCUACAGUCACGGAGACCUUCCUCAUCAGUCCGCCAUCUUCCAUAGGCUCUCGCAUCGUGCAGGACUAUCGGUUCCCGCUUAUUCGGAAGGCGGCUCAAGCCAUGGCGGUUGCGAAUAAAGUGAGUAUUCGUGGGGAUAGACAGGGUGUUCUGAGUCUUCAGUUCAUGAUCGAGUUGGAUGAGAGGAAUAAGCCAUCUAGAGAGAAUACGAGUACCAGUAGUGGUAAUGUGACGUUUGUGGAUUUUCGAUUUGUGCCGUUGCUUGAUGAGAAUAAUGAGGCAGAGGUCGAGCCUACAGACGGGGAAGAGGAAUUUGAUGAAUAAGGAUCUGUUUUAGUAUCAUAGCAAUAGUAUUGUAUUUUCCUGUUUCCACCAACGCCAGAGUAUGCUUAGAUCAACUUU